UUCAAUCUGUUUUAAAUUUUAUCAAUGAGAUUUAUAAGGAGACAUAAUGAGAUCUACAUAUAUAUACACGUAUGAAUCAGUUCUCAAAAUUUUCUAAGGCUUAAAACUGCAUAACCAGCCCACUAACUACACUGCAUUUACGUGACUAAACCCACGUUAGAAUUAAGAACGUCCAUCGCAGACUUUUCUUUCAUAAUUAUAAUAAGAUCAAUAACUAACCCCUUAAAAAGACAAAAGAUCUUUUUCUUUACUUCGCUCUUGCUCUCUAGUGCAGUCCAUAAACUAUAACAAAACUAACAUCCAAAACAAUAUUUUUACGCAAAUGGCUUCCUUUUCAGUGACCAAACCCCAUAACUUUGCCUUCAGUUUUCUAGUUUUGGUAUCAGGAUUUGCCAUGUUCGUCACUUCCUUUCAGUUUGAAGUUGGAAGCCGAAGAGGUUGGAUUAAGCCCACUGGAAAUGAGACUGAGACCUAUGAUGACUGGGCCACAAGAAAUAGGUUCCACGUUGGUGAUUCUCUUUAUUUCAGGUACCAAAGUGACUCAGUGCUAGUAGUGAACUCCACUGCUUUCAGGAACUGCAUUACCUCAAAUCCCAUUUCAGAAUUUGAUGAUGGAAACACAGUUUUUGAAUUCGAUCGACAUGGGUUCUUCUAUUUCGUUAGUGGGCAACCUGGUCACUGCAAAGCAGGGCAAAAGAUGGUAGUACGUGUAAUGGCACACCAAGUGGCAGCAGCAGAGGCUCCGAAUGCUGCCCCUUCACCUAAAGAAAACGGCAAUGGAGAAGAUGACUGGAAUUCCUUCAACUGGGGACCUCCUUCCCUAAAUUCUACAGUGAAUGUAUCUGUUGCUUCUUAUUUUUUAACUGCUCUUGGUGGUGUUUUGGCUAUUCUAUAUUUGUUGAUGUAACUGGUAUGUGUUUUAGAUUUUUUCUUUCUUCUUUUUGUGCUUUCUUUUCCAAACUGACUGUGUGUUUAUCACUGUAUUAUGAUGAACAUAAGGAUUUACAGUAAUUAAUAUAAUCGAUGCUUGUCUCUAGAUA